CCCAAAUCCCUAAAAAGAGGGUUACUACUGCUACUUCUCCCCUUCUUCUCUCGUCUCUAAAUAUUUCUGGAAGCAGCAGCAUUCAACUGUACUGCAGAUUCGAUCGAAGUUUAUUAGAUCCGAGAUUUUCCUCCCUAUAUAUUUUUAUAAAACUAAGAAAAAAGUUUCGAUUUCUUUAAGCGCAGUUCGUGUUUGAAUCCGCUUGAAAUUAGAAAAACAAAAAAACAUAUUCUUUAGGGUUUUGGUUUAGUUUCGACUGUGGGUGUUGGAUUAAUAUAUAUAUAAAUAUGGAUAAGAAGAAGGUCGCCGUUCCACUUGUCUGCCAUGGCCAUUCAAGACCUGUUGUUGAUUUGUUCUACAGUCCAAUUACCCCUGAUGGUUUCUUCCUCAUCAGCGCCAGUAAAGAUUCACAUCCAAUGUUGAGAAACGGGGAGACUGGAGACUGGAUUGGUACCUUUGAAGGUCAUAAAGGUGCGGUGUGGAGUUCUUGCCUCGACAACAACGCUCUACGUGCUGCUUCUGCUUCUGCUGAUUUUUCAGCGAAACUCUGGGAUGCGUUAACAGGAGAUGUGCUGCAUUCUUUUGAGCACAAGCAUAUUGUUCGAGCGUGUGCUUUCUCUGAGGAUACAAAAUUGCUGAUCACUGGAGGAUUUGAGAAGAUUCUUCGUGUAUUUGAUUUGAACCGGUUGGAUGCACCUCCCACAGAGGUCGAUAAAUCCCCUGGAUCCAUCAGAACUCUCACAUGGCUUCACAGUGAUCAAACUAUAUUAAGUUCUUGCACUGAUAUUGGUGGCGUGAGGUUAUGGGAUGUUAGGAGUGGGAAGAUUGUGCAGACACUGGAAACAAAGUCUCCUGUCACCAGUGCUGAAGUGAGCCAAGAUGGACGAUACAUUACUACUGCUGAUGGGUCAACUGUUAAAUUCUGGGACGCUAACCAUUUUGGACUGGUGAAGAGUUAUGACAUGCCAUGCAAUAUUGAGUCUGCAUCUCUGGAGCCUAAAUCUGGUGAAAAGUUUGUAGCUGGCGGUGAGGAUAUGUGGGUCCGAAUGUUUGAUUUCUACACCGGAGAGGAGAUUGGAUGCAACAAGGGGCAUCAUGGUCCGGUACACUGCGUGAGGUUUUCACCGACGGGUGAGUCGUACGCCUCGGGGUCUGAAGACGGGACCAUCAGGAUCUGGCAGACGACACCAAAUCAUAGUGUGGAUGAAGUGGCUAAGAAGAUUGAAGGCUUUCACAUCAACAAAGAAGGCAAACCCGCAGAGAAAGUUUCUGAUGCUUAGGCAGAAGAACACGGAAAAGCCUUUUUCUCUUAGUUCUUGAUGCGCUAUGUUUCGUGUGUGUUUGUGUUUCCUGACUGAAUAUACAGAGAAAAAGAAAAACACAAGGACCGGACCUUUCCUUAUCUUUUAGUUUUUCUUGGAUCUUUUUCGUUAUUAUAUAAAAACUUGGGACUUGUUGUGCAAUUUAUGAAAUAAUUUGACUU